AGAAAGAUGGCAAUACUGACAUUUCGUCGAUUGAAUUGACGAAGAAUGAAGCUGUAAAGACAAGGAAUCAAAUAAUUUUCAUUUUGCGACAGAAUCGUGCGGAUGCGUUUUGCGUGCCCAAAAAAUUGUUAAAAUUUGUAAUAUUUUUAAAGUGAAUUUUCACAUUGUUUUGUUGCUGCUUCGACUGAAGGAAGUAACCGAAAUAAAGCAUAUAACGGGAAAAUAGAAAACGGUUGUGUUUUGUUUGUAACAUUUUAAGCGUAAAUAACUACCGAAAUGAGUUCCGCCGAAGAAAAUAGUCAACCCACUACACCACAAGAUGGGCCCGACGGACAAGAUCAGGAAAAAGCCCGCGAGUUGGAGAAAAUCGAAGAGGAAAAGCUAAAAUCCAAAUAUCCAACUGGCUUACGUGGACCUGGAGGUCAUUCAGCAUUUUUACAAAAACGUUUACAAAAAGGCCAAAAGUUCUUUGAUUCUGGUGAUUAUCAAAUGGCGAAGCAAAAAGGCGGUGGCGUUAAGCAAGUGUUUGCAAAUAAAGUCCCUACUGGUGAAGCUAUUCCUACUCCAGAAACAGUGCCUGCACGUAAGACUUCAAUUAUACAGCCUUGCAACAAAUUCCCAACGACGAGUUAAGUUUUGUUGUUAAUGCUCAAAUACUAAGUUUGUUCCGCAAAUUAAAUUUUGCAAAAAUAAAAGUAUAAAAUUAAUUA